CCGUCACUGAUGGACCCUUUUGUGAAUUAUCCUCCAUUAUUCAAUACCAUUCAAUACCUAAUUAGUAUAGAACCGCAGAAAGAAUUGUCCCCGCCGAUGACCGUCAAAGGGGAAUGCCGCGUGCGACACGUGAUGCACCUCGCUCCCCCGACGAGGUCCUCCACGCUGAUAAAACCGAGCGCGCCGACGUCGUUCUUGCAGUUCGACGCUCGCCGCGAGUGGACGCACACCUACACAACGAAAACACCAUGCCGCAACUUGAAGACGCCGCCUUUCACGAGGAGGAAGCCACUGAUGAAGCAAUCGAUACUGCUUCUUCAACGGCAUCAUGCUCCUCCGACGACGAGGCUUAUCAUAAAUCAACAAAAAAGUAUCAAUCUCUUAAAAAAUCCACCAACUUAACAUCGAAAACAACAAAAGAAGCCACGUUUGAAAGUAUCGCCAAAAAGGAUCACCAUGAGAAGUUCCUUAAAGACGCUUUGGAGAUCCUGUUGAAGGAUGCUGUCUUCGGUGCGUCUUCCCGAGACGCAAAGGUUUUGGAAUGGACCAAUCCGGAAGACAUGCAACGCAUGUUUGAUUUCGGGUUGAAGAAAACAGGCGCUACACACGAGGAGUUGUUGAAGCUGAUGAAGAGCACUAUACAACACUCAGUAAAGACUGCGCAUCCAUAUUUUGUUAACCAGUUGUUUUCGUCGUUGGAUCCCUAUGGAUUAGUUGGGCAAUGGCUGACGGACGCGUUGAAUCCCAGCGUGUACACAUACGAAGUAUCGCCGGUGUUUUCGUUGAUGGAGGAAGUCGUCCUGCAAGAGAUGCGAGCAAUCGUAGGCUUCCCGAAUGGAGAUGGCGAUGGUAUCUUUUGUCCUGGUGGCAGCAUGGCGAAUGGUUAUGCAAUCAGUUGCGCGAGAUACAAAUUCAUGCCGGAUAUUAAAAAAACAGGAUUGCAUGGUUUACCGCGUCUAGUACUAUUCACAUCUGAAGAUGCCCAUUACUCCAUUAAAAAACUAGCUUCUUUCUUGGGUCUUGGCACUGAUAAUGUUUACCUGAUUAAAACUGACACCCGUGGAAAAAUGUGCAUGGAGCAUUUACGUUCUGAAGUUGAGCGGGCAUUGUCUGAAAAUGGUAAACCAUUCAUGGUGAGCGCUACAGCCGGAACAACAGUCCUCGGCGCAUUCGAUCCAGUUGACAAAAUGGCUGACAUUUGCAAGGAAUACGGCAUGUGGUUGCACGUUGAUGCUGCAUGGGGAGGCGGUGCACUCAUGUCUAAAUACAAACACCUCAUGGCUGGAAUUGAAAGAGCUGAUUCGGUUACUUGGAAUCCUCACAAAUUACUCGCUGCUCCUCAGCAAUGUUCAACACUCUUGCUACGCCAUAAAGGCAUUCUUUCGGAUGCGCAUUCAUCAAACGCUUCGUAUCUCUUCCAAAAAGAUAAAUUCUACGAUACACGUUUCGAUACCGGCGAUAAACACAUCCAAUGUGGCCGACGCGCUGAUGUUCUUAAAUUCUGGUUUAUGUGGAAAGCAAAAGGCACUGAUGGUCUACGCCAACACAUUGAGAAGGUUUUCGACAACGCAGAGUUCUUCACUCGCACAAUCCAACAACGACCUGGAUUCAGAAUGGUUUUACCACAGCCUGAAUGCACCAAUAUUUGCUUCUGGUAUGUCCCACCCAGUUUGCGUAGCAUCCAAGACGAAGCGGAAUUCCACGCGAGGAUACAUAAAAUCGCGCCGAAGAUCAAAGAGCGUAUGAUGAAGGAAGGAACCAUGAUGGUCACCUAUCAGCCACAGAAGGACUUGCCAAACUUCUUCCGCAUCGUGUUUCAGAAUUCCGGUCUGACGCACACGGACAUGUUACAUUUUGUCAGCGAGUUCGAACGACUCGGUGAAGAUUUAUAAGUUAUUUAGAUUUCGUCUAAUAUGUGUAUAUAUUUAUUAAUUUAAGCAAUCUUUAAAACUUAAAGUGCUGAAUCAAUUUCAAGCCAUGAUUAGAACAUUGUAUAAAAUUUACCACAUAAUCAAGUAAAAUAAAAGUUGUACAUAACA